CUGCUUUUGAUUUAAUAAAUAGAAUCAAUUAAUUUUUAUGUUUAUAAAUCAGAUUGAAUAUUAAAUUAUCUGGCAAAAUUCUUUUCUUUUAAUGAUAUUUUGAUCAACCAAAAUUAUAAAUGAAUUUAGUGAUCACUUAUUUCUUUUUAUCAGUUUAUCUAAUUUAUAUUUAAAAGGAUACUGUUGUAUAUAAUAAAAGUUUGUAAAUAAAUUCAUAAUGUAUUAUUAUUCCUAUUACACUACCAAUAAUAUUUCUAUUUUUUUAGAGAAUUAGUUGUUAGUUGGAUUAUAAAAUUAAUGAGAGAAUUAUUUCUAAUACAUAUAGAUUUAUUAAUAUCAUAGCUUUAUCUAAUAAUUAAAAAAAAAUCCUUGUAUUGUUAAUCAAGUCAUAUAACAAAUAUGAACAGAGUGAUUUAUUUAAUUGUGAAUAAAUUUAAAUAUAUUUAAAUCUUUUUAUUAUGGGCAAGAAUUACAGAAAUAGAUCAAAGACUUCAGAUACACCAAGAAAGCCUUUCGAAAAGGAACGUCUUGACAAUGAGUAAUUUUAAUAUUCAUUCAAUUUUAGAUUGCAAAUUAUUGGUAAGUAUGGAUUAAAGAACAAAAGAGAGGUGUGGAGAGUUUAACUUACUUUAGCUAGAAUUAGAAAGGCUGCAAGAGAAUUGUUGACUCUUGACCCAAAGGAUCCAAGAAGAUUAUUUGAAGGAGAAGCAUUAAUCAGAAGAAUGGUUAGAUUUGGUUUGUUAUCUGAAUAAGAGAGAAAGUUGGAUUAUGUCCUUGGUUUAACAACAUAAAAAAUGAUGGAAAGAAGACUUUAAACCUUUGUAUUCAAAAGUAAUCAAGCAUCAUCAAUUCAUCAUGCCAGAACUUUAAUUAGAUAGCGACACUUUAGGUAUUUAAUACAAUUUAUUUAUUAUUAGAGUAGGAAAGAGAUUAGUCAAUUCUCCAUCCUUUUUAGUAAGAGUAGAAUCAGAAAAAUUGGUUGAUUUUGCUGUCACAUCACCAUUUGGUUAAGGUAGAGAAGGAAGAAGAAAGAGAAAGAAUGCUAAGAGAGUAAAGCCAAACAAAGAAGAAUGAAAAUAAUAUUUUAGCAUAAAGUACAAUAUUAUAAAUCUAC